AUCUAUUUUAAAAACAAAUAAUGCCCGUAUUAUAUUAUUUUCCUCUGAGUCCACCUUCCCGAGCUGUCAUGCUUGUGGUAGAAGCAAUAGGGCUCGAAAUGGAAUUAGUAGUAUUGAACACAAUGGCUGGUGAGCAUUUGACACCGGAAUACGAGGAGUUGAAUUAACAAAAGACAGUUCCUUUUCUAAUUGACGAUGAUCUUAAAAUAUCAGAAAGCCGAGCUAUCAUGGCUUAUUUGGUCGAUCAGUAUGGCCAGGAUGAUACAUUAUAUCCGCGUAAUAUAGAGACACGUGCUUUAGUUAAUCAACGAUUAUAUUUCGAUCUUGGUAAUCUUUUUGCGAAUAUAUUUGAGUGUUACUUGAAAGUCUUCAGAAAGGAAAUCGAAGCGUAUGAUCCAGCACAAUUUGAAAAACUAAUAGAGAAUUUUCAAAUCAUGAACAAUUUUCUUGAAGGACAAGCUUACGUAGCUGGAGAUAAUUUAACGAUCGCCGAUCUUUCCUUAGUUGCAUCAGUAACAACAGCGAUGAUUUUUGGGUUUGAUUUGGGAGAAUACAAUAACAUUUCUGACUGGUUGGAGAGAAUACAAACAUCUGUACCUGGAUACGAGAAAGCUAAUGGUGAACCUGUUGAGAUGUUCAAGCAAAUGGUACAAGCUUCACAAAGCAACACAGAAGACGGAGAAGGAGAAGGAGAAGAAGCAGAAGAAGAAGAAAAAGAAGAAGAAGAUGGAUUAGUUACGGAUUUCAAGAUGCCUAUUGAUCUUUAUCAACUUACUGGAAGUCCACCAUGUCGGGCCGUGCUCUUGACGGCGGCGGCCUUAGAAGUUGAUUUAAAUCUGAAAAAGGUGGAUCUCGCUACCGGCGAACACCUAAAACCUGAAUUUAUUAAGAUGAAUCCACAACAUACAAUACCUACAUUGGAUGACGGCGGCUUUUAUUUAUAUGAAAGUCGUGCGAUUAUGACCUACUUAGCCAAUCAAUAUGGCAAGAAAGAUUCUCUCUAUCCAAAAGAUCCAAAAAAACGAGCUUUGGUUGAUCAGAGAUUAUUCUUCGACUUGGGAACACUGUAUAAAUCAUACUCCGACUAUUAUUAUCCGAUAAUGCUCACCGGCGCCACUCCACAAAAAGCAACAUACGAUAAGAUGAACGAAGCCUUGACUUUCUUGGAUAAAUUCCUAGAAGGAGAAAAUUAUGCAGCAGGAAAAACUCUAACUCUCGCUGAUCUUACUUUGGUCAUCACUGUUUCUAAUUUUAAGCUUAUGGACUAUGACUUGAGUAAAUAUAGCAACAUUUUGAGAUGGUAUUCCAAGAUCCAAGCCGAAGCUCCUAAAUACAAUGAAAUCGAAAGUGUCGGUAUGAAGGCGUUCGCAGAUUUCGUCGAACCCUUUAAAAAAAAAUUUUAUAUUCGCAUAAUUAGUUACUUUUUUAAAUACAAAAAAAAUGUGGCGCGUAUCGUCGUCAUUUCAUUAAUAGCAUGCGUCUCCGCAGAUUUUAAAAUGCCUAUCGAUCUUUACCAACUCACCGGAAGUCCGCCAUGUCGGGCCGUUCUCUUAACGGCGGCAGCUGUAGGAGUUGAUUUAAAUAUGAAAAAUGUAGAUCUCUCUGCCGGCGAACAUCUAAAACCCGAAUUUAUUAAGAUGAACCCACAACAUACAGUACCUACAUUGGAUGAUGAUGGCUUAUAUUUAUGUGAAAGCCGCGCAAUUAUGACUUAUCUAGUCAAUCAAUAUGGCAAGAACGAUUCUCUGUAUCCAAAUGAUCCGAAAAAACGAGCCAUGGUGGAUCAAAAACUUUACUUCGAUAUGGGAACUCUGUAUCGAUCGUUUGCUGAUUAUUAUUAUCCAAUAAUAUUCACCGGCAUCACUCCGGAGCAAGCAAAAUAUGAUAAACUGCACGAAGCCUUGUCUCUCUUGGAUAAAUUCCUAGAAGGGGAAAAUUAUGUAGCAGGAAAAACUCUAACUCUCGCUGAUAUUAUCUUGGUCGUCUCCGUUUCUAAUUUUCCGCUUGUAGAUUAUGACUUGAGUAAAUAUAGCAACAUUCUGAAAUGGUUUAUUAAGAUCCAAGCUGAAAUUCCUAAUUACAGUGAACUCGAAAGCGUUGGUAUGAAGGCAUUUGCAGACUUCGUCGAACACUAUAAAAAAAAGACUUAAUUUC